UUGUUGACUUUUAAAUAAAAAUACAUUUAUAACUCAAUUAACUCAUAAUGAAUAACAAAUUGUAUUGGAUUAUUAUUUUGAAUACUUUGGUUGCAGUGUGUUGCCUGGAAUUAAUAACAACAUUUUCUUCUCUUGCUGUAUCAGCUAUCAGUUAUCUUAUGUCUGAUUCCUGUAAGGAUAAUGAAUGCUGCAAUAAUGAAUGGUUGCAGACGCCGAGUCUUUCAGAUUUGGAAAAUGUGAUAAGUUCUAAGGUUUUUGGCCAGCACCUAAUCAAUAAGCAUGUUUCUACUGCGGUUAUACAUCAUAUUAAAACUAAUAAUCCGGCUUCACCUUUAGUGAUGUCUUUUCAUGGAGGAACUGGAACUGGUAAAAAUUUUGUUUCACAAAUAAUUGCCGAGUCAAUAUUUAAAAAAGGUUUGAAUAGUAAAUUUGUUCGUGUAAUACGCGCAACAAAGCAUUUUCCAAAUAAAAAUAAGUUAGAAGAAUACAAAAACGAAUUAUCUAGACUAAUAGAGAACAGUGCUAAGCUAUGUGAGCGCACAUUAUUCAUCUUUGACGAAUUUCAUGAAAUGCCGAUUGGUCUUGGUGAUUCAAUUGCUCCUUUUUUAGACUACAACAAUCAAUUAGAUGGUAUAGAUUAUCGCAAAAAUAUAUUUAUUUUCCUAAGCAAUACGACCGCGGACAUUAUUAAUAGCUAUACAUUAAAGCAUUAUGAAAAUAGAAAUUCUAGAGAGUCAUUAACCAAUAAAUAUUUCGAAUAUUCUAUAAUCAAAAAUGCUUUAAAUUCAUCAAGUGGAUUUAAUGACUCGAAACUUAUUAAAAAAGCAUUAAUAAAGACUUAUGUCGCCUUUCUACCUUUGGAGAGAAAACAUGUCAAACAAUGCGCAGAAGAGUUAAUAAAAAAAGAAACUUUUGAUAUCAAAAAUUCGACUUUAGAAGCCAUUGCUGAUGAAGUGUUUUAUUUUCCUGAAAAAGAACAAUGGUUUUCAUUAAAUGGUUGUAAAAGACUUGAAGCUAAAGUAGCCGAUUUUUUAAGUAGAUAACUACUUUACAAAUAAUAAAAGUUCUAUUUAUGAACAUCUGAGUUUUUGAUUAUUUCUUUUUAAUACUUUUAUGCUUUAAAUUUUAUAAUUUUUUUUUUUUUAAAUCAAAAAUUUUAACGAGAUUCAAAAAAAUAGCAUUAU